UACAUAUAGACUUUAUGAAAAAACUCUUCCAGCACUGGAAUAUCAGUAAUAAAAAUUCUUAUUUAAUGACAAAAUAAAUCAAUUUUGGCAAAUAAAACAUUAACACUAUUCGUUGAUUACGUCAUCGAGCAUGACAUAUGACAAGUGACAAGGGGAACGACAAGCAAACUAUGUAAGAAGGGUAGGUUCAGUUUCCAUAUGUCGCAUGUUCUGCUUGGAAAUGCACGAGUAUUUUAUAAUAAAUUCAUCACAAGUGGAUACUCUCAUCAACAAAAAAAUCUGAAUCGAACAGUAAUUACGAUUUCCUCCAGGAAAAUAUCCAAUGUAAAAGCAAGAUUCAUGAAAUGACCGUCUAUCGUAGGGACAGUAUUAGGUAUGGGUACUCUUCCUGAGUGCGGUCCUGUGCAUGAUGACUUUUCACAUUUUUCAUUUUGAACUACAAAAUUAGAAUCUUGACGUACUUGAUAACCACGUUUAUUUUUUAAAUUCACAUUUAUUAUUUAACUAAAACAAAUCGAAUGUUUUAAUUCUAACUUAAAAUUAUAAAAUAUUACCGAUAUUCACUAAACGACUGCAGUAGUACAUCCGGCAGCAAAGAUGGCCUCCUACCUUGCUUCCCUUUCCCGUCAAGCCGGUUUUCAAAGCGCAUUCGCCGGCAGAUCCGUAAGUUUGCAUUUACCAUCUAGUUUCUUAACAUUAGCAAGAAGUUUUUGCGAAACUAUGGGUCUCCCCAGGGUAUUUUUUGAUAUGAGUGCCGACGGACAGCCGCUGGGAAGGAUUGUAAUUGAGCUCCGCAGCGAUGUAGUACCGAAGACCGCCGAAAACUUCCGCGCCCUCUGCACAGGCGAGAAAGGAUUUGGCUACAAGGGCUCCACCUUCCAUCGUGUCAUCCCCAACUUCAUGUGCCAGGGAGGUGACUUCACCAACCACAAUGGCACUGGUGGAAAAUCAAUUUAUGGAAACAAAUUCCCUGAUGAGAACUUCACCCUGAAACACACCGGCCCUGGAGUAAUGUCAAUGGCGAAUGCCGGUGCUGAUACGAACGGUUCCCAAUUCUUCAUCACCACCGUAAAGACGUCCUGGCUGGAUAACAGGCACGUUGUCUUCGGAAACGUCGUCGAGGGCAUGGACAUCGUCAAGAAGAUCGAGUCCUUUGGCUCUCAGUCGGGCAAGACAUCCAAAAAGAUCGUCGUUUCCGAUUGUGGACAACUGUAAAUUCCUCUUUUGUUCAUGUAUAUUUCUCAUUUACUCGUAUUAAGACUCGAUAGAUUCUACGGACGAUUACUUUGUCAAGUCCUUGUCACUAUACAUUUUCCAUCCGCUAAAUUCUAAUUUCAUUCCAUGUUAGGUGUUGGUGUAUUCUUAAAGAUGGUUUUGAUCUGGUUCGUGAUCGAUAAGUUUAAAUAUCGACCCUUGUAAUUACGCUGUUGCUAGGGUUAGUGUAAUUUUACUAUCUAACAAUUAAAAAGCAUCAAUCCUUGAUAAUUCUUAUUAAAACCAGUUGCUACUUUGAUUUGUAAUUGACAAAAAAUAGCGCCAUCACCGAUUUUUUAACAUACUGAAUAAGAAAUUACAAUGUAGUAACGCUGCAUUUAUCUAACCUUCCAUGUUUUGGUUUGAAAUCCGACUUUUUUAAAUAAAGCAAUAUGUAAUAUUAAUUCAAUUUUUCAUUAUCCCAUUUCCACAGAAAAUAGGAAUACAGGGUGAUUCACAAGUCGUCACCAAAAAUGAAACAUCAUACGCAGGACCGAAUUUCAAGCCGGAUCUUCUAUGUAACAUUUUUUCCUCGGGGGCUCCAUUAAAAAAAUGAAGUUUAAAAAUAAAAAACAUUUUUUUUUUAAUAUCUUCAAAACCGUCAACUGGAAUGAACUAAAAUUUGGUAUGUGGAUUUACCUAAGUAUUGUCCACAUUCAAGUCUACUUAAAAUUAACGUGCACCAGUGGCGGAGAUACAGG